CAGCCUACCGGUUGUUCCUUCUACCACCCGGUCAUUCAAUGCUACACUAAGUGUUCCCGUAUUCAUAGCAUUCACCUAUGUCUUGUGAUAUUCUUUGCUCUCCGAAUGAUAAUCAAAAUUUCAUUUUGGUCUGGAAGAAUGAGUUUUAUUUGUUCUCAAUCUCCGAAAACUCCACAAAAGAACAGACAGAUGGAGCCUUCUCUUUGGGUCCCCAUGGUCUUUUUAGAGUUUCAAUUAUCGGAAUUUGGCACAACUCAGUUUUCCCACAGUGUAUCUCAUGGGCGCCUACUCUUGACGGGUGUGGGAUUUUGCACCCUGAAGGAAAUGCAGAACGUCUAAUUGCUGUUAGCACUUCUGGGGGCGAAAUCAGACUCCUCGGAAUUAAUGGUUACGAUCCAGAUCGUGAUAGAUUCGGGUUACACAACAAGACGUUGAUUUCUAGGUCCCCUCGUAGUUCGUUGUAUCUUGCUUGGAACCCAUGGAAGCGAAACUUGUUGGCACAGGGUGUGGACAGGUCACGCUCCCUUCGUGACCCGUGUAUUUUGAUUUGGGAUGUCACCAAGUGUACUGAGAGUCGUCCCGUGCCUCAGCCGAACGCUGCUGGCGAAAAUGCAGUUGUGGCAGGUCAUUCUACUGCUAACAGCUCGCCGAAGAUAAGACAAAUUUAUUCCUCCCGGGACGUGCGUUGCCCGACCAACAUCGUCAGACCAGUGAUGACCUGUGAUCGGUCAGUUUGUGAUUUGGGUUCCCAGGAAAUUACCUCAUCCUUUGCCUGGUUAUCGAAAAGUUCCUUCAUAGCUGGAAUGUCGGGAACAUUUCUUAAAGUUUUCGAUCUGUCUGACCCUUCAAGACCGUGCCAAAUCACGUCCACGAGAGCGGUAAAUGGUUUAUCCGUGGAUCUGUCGUGCUGCACUAGAAUUGCUUCCUACUUCAAGUGCGAAGUCUGUCUUUGGAAUCUGGAAAAUCUGGAGAAACCUGUCUAUACAUUUACGGAAGGUUCGGACGUUUGUCAGAUUAAAUGGAGUCCAUUAAGGGAAGCCUGGCUUGGCGUUUUAUCUGCUGACUGCAAUUUCGUUAAGCUAUACAGUACUUAUCCUAUGUUUCAACAAUCCAUGGAGGAAUCCGAACAAGCUCCGUUGGAGCACGUUGUUUUCCCAUGCGGCAAUUCUCCCAGCCCGAUCGUCUCCUUCGCUUGGCAUCCCACGUUUGCAGGCUGUCUGCUGACCUUCGAUAGAGACGGACGCCUUGACGUAGCACAGUUGGUCGACCGUUCAGCGCUUUCUUGGUCACCACAGCAUUCGUUGCUCUGGUCCUACCGUAACCAUUGGUUCAGCAGAGAUCGUUUGGGUUUAAAGUCUAGUCACACAAGCCGGGAUGCUACUUACGCCCUCCAUCUCGCCAACUCCAGUUUUUUGGACACCAGCGGCUGUGUGUGUUCAAACGAGCAAGCUCUAAUCGCAGGCGAUUUUCCUAAACAGCAUGCCUCUCUAGAUCCGUCUUCUGGGAUUGGCUUUCACCUUGGUUGCGACAUUGCCAUCGUAAUGCAACGCCGAGCUGAAUCGGGUUACGGUAUUAUGCCCGAUCUAGGCGCCUACGUUGCUAUGUUCCACGAUGAUGCCGAACUUCGUUCUAUGUGGUGCUGGAUCAAAUAUUUGCGCGAUCACUCAAAGGAUUUCGAGGUCCGUGGACGAGUCGGCGAUCUCGAUUGCCUCAAAAUCGGCCGUUUAACAGAACACAAUGAACCAGUCUCGCCUUCUCGAUACUUAGGAGCUUUGGCGAUUUUGUCUGGUCAUGCUAGCUCUGGCGGGGUAUGCAGCCCAAGCGAUGUGAUAGAAAACGCAGAGUGGCGUGGCCUAGAUAUUCGACUACCGUUUCCACGAUAUUGCAGCCCUGAAAGGACAUAUAUACUUCGUUUAUGCAUGUGGCGACUCAAUGAUCCGGAGGAAGUUCAGCGGCCAGUAUUUGAGAGUGUUUGUGCCGAAGGGGAUUUUGGCCGCGCGGCCACUAUGGCAUUAUUCAACCUGAAUUUCAACUGGGCUUUGAGCUUCCUUAAUCGUGCUUCCGCGGCCUAUCUGAGCUCUCAGCCACGGACCGAAGCUUCUAGCGCUUCGGCCCCCAAGGCUGCACUCACGCAAGAGGUUGGUCUUGUCACACUCGCCAUUGCCGGAUACGCAGACAGUAGCAAUGAAUUAUGGAAAGUUACCUGCGCGAGCCUCCUAACUCGGUUGGAAAAUCCUUAUCUGCGUGCCAUGUUCACAUUCCUCACUCGAAAUGGGAAUGAUUUUGAUCCAAUACUAGUAGACGAAGGGCUUCAGCUUUGUGAUCGCAUUUCCUUCGCAUGUCUGUAUUUGGAUGAUAAAGAGUUGACAGAGUUCAUCCGAUCUUUAUGCCAUCGCAUGGUCUCAGAGGGUCGCUUAGAGGCGGUUGUUCUUACUGGACUAAUUUCUACCGAAUUUGUCUCCCUCAUUCAAGCCUAUGUGAAUCGAACUGGAGAUGUUCAAACUGCCGCCAUUGUAGGACUGUCUGCAUGUCAGUUGGACACCGGCUUAUCAUCACACAUCUCAGAGCCACCGGCCUCCUUUGCUUCUGUUACACCUUCUGAAAGGCCCAACAUUUCGACAAUUUCCACCGAAAAGAGCUCGUCUAAUGCCAAACGAUUGCCUCUGUUGCUGAAGCUAGGUGGAACUGCCCUGGUUUCCUGGGUUCAAUGUUAUCGCGAUCUCCUUGAUCAAUGGCGCAUGUGGUUCCACCGAGCCGAUUUCGACAUCGCCAACUCUGUUUCUGCAAUGACCGAGUACUUAUCCAGCUUGAAUUCCCCAAGACCGUUGUCCAGUCUGGGUCGCCAGUCUACCUAUCGGAAUGCUACGCUGACCGCUUCGGAAAAUGCUUCUAACUUAGUUUCGAGUAACUAUUCGUCCGUGGCAGAUCGUGCAACGAACUAUCUUAGCUCCAACACUGCUCACAUCCCUUACCGUCAGCUUGCACAGGCUUUUUCGGUUAACCAAGUGUUUGUUGCUUGCAGCUUUUGUGGUUGGCGUCUUGGACCACAGAGUAAGCCUGCAGCUAACUUUGUGAACGGAAACGCUGUUAGGACUUUAUCUAGUCCAACUGGUUCGGCUAAGGCGACAUUGAAGACUCCACUAUCCUCGCCGUCCAGAGACGUUCAAAUGCAUUGUGGGGGCGGCAAGCAGACGAUUUGCAAGCACUGCCUAAAACCAAUGCCCCGCUGCUCCAUUUGUCUUAUGCAUUUGGGUUCAGUGGCUUUACCUUUGGACGACUCCAGCAUGGCUACUCUAAGGCACGAAGAUGCAUUGGUGAGGUCGGCGAUUUCUGCAUUUCCUGCCUUGAGUGACAGCGUGGCACGCGUAAUGCAACUUAGCAUUCUAGGUUCGGUUAACCGCUCCAGAACAUCCCCCACCGGUUCCGCACUCGAGGCUGUUUCAUCUCAUCUGUCUGUCAGUGAAGCUUUAGCCUCUUUGGCCCGCCUGUUCAUUUGGUGUCAAGCCUGCCGGCAUGGCGGUCACGCAAGUCACUUGGCUGACUGGUUUUACUGUUCAACGGACGUCUCUGGUGAUCUGAGCCGCCAGCGGCAGUGUCCCGUUAGUGGAUGUCCUUGUCGUUGCGCAAGUCUGGAUUCGUUGCGUCCAAUGCCAUCACAGCAGUCGCAUGACAGCUCGAUGAAACCAUCCGUUCUUUCACUAGAUGAUGGCGCAUCGUCCUCUACAGGCCAUGAGGAGGAGGAGGCAACUGGACAGACUGGGUUGGAUGAUAUUAUCCUCAAAAAUGCAUGCAUCUCCAGUUCUAUUCACCAUCACACUGCUUAAAUAUUUUAUUCGAAGGUGGUAACCUCGCAUCAUCUAAUGCACUACACUACCUGUGCGAAUCUUUCUGUAUUUUUAUUGAAAUUGGCUCUGUGCAACUGUAUGGUUUUUUAUCGCCUGAGUUUUGCGAUUGUUCGUGCCAUUCUUGCUGCAUUAUGAGCUACUAAGUCCGGGAGCGGCCGCACCUGUUGACUUUGCUUACACAUGCCUUUUGCAGCCAUUUACGAAUUUCCGAAUCUCUAACCGAUUUAUUCCAUGGUCUUUAUUGGGGAAUAGACUAAUGACAGAUGCGUGUGCCUCAGGUGUUAGACGCACCACUCUACGCUUCGCAGACUGUCGCACUUCCCGUCAACAAACUCCUGUUUCUCAGAACUGUUGAAACUCAAUUGGCCUCCCACCACUUUCCGUCUCUGGUUGGCCAAACUGCCUGUUUUAUGUCGGGUUGUUCUUGCGAAAGAUGCAGAAUAAUAUAUGUUUCACUUCCUUGUCUUAUUACAUUCACGUUGGCGUA